CAGGCUUUAGGACCGGGGGGCCGACACGUGGUGACAGGACAACCGGAAGCCAGAACUCACGUUACUGAUCUGCGAUGUCUCAGCAGGCCACGGCGGGGCGACGCUGCCUGCGAGCGUUCGUUAGCGGAUUCUUCGUCGCCGUCCCCGUAACCGUCACCUUCCUCGAUCGAUUCGCCUACGUGGCACGAGUGGAGGGAUCAUCGAUGCAGCCAUUCCUCAACCCAGAGGGGGGGUCCAAGUGUGACGUCGUCCUGCUGAAUCGUUGGAGUGUGAGAAACUACCAGGUCCAACGAGGUGACAUCGUGUCUGUUGUGUGUAACUGUGACCGAUUAUCAAGAUGAGUAAAGUCGCACACCUGUUGCU